AUGGCGUUCUGUGUUUCAUUUUCUAGUUACGAGAAACCUCCUCCUGGGUUUAUAAAGGAGGAUGAGACGAAGCCGGAAGACUGUAUACCAGAUGUGCCCGGCAAUGAACACGCCAGGGAGUUCCUGGCUCACGCUCCGACUAAAGGACUUUGGAUGCCGCUGGGGAGAGAGGUCAAAGUUAUGCAAUGUUGGCGUUGCAAACGGUAUGGCCAUCGAACAGGUGACAAAGAAUGCCCUUUCUUUAUCAAAGGCAAGAAGUUAGAACAGUUUCGAGUUGCACAUGAAGAUCCCAUGUAUGACAUCAUUCGAGAGAAUAAAAGACACGAAAAGGAUGUAAGGAUCCAGCAGUUAAAACAGUUACUGGAGGACUCCACCUCGGACGACGACGAGAGCAGCUCCAGCUCCUCAGGAGGCAAAGAGAAGCGCAAGAAAAAGAAGAAGAAAGAAAAGCACAAGAAACGGAAGAAGGAGAAGAAAAAGAAGAAGAAACGGAAGCACAAGUCUUCCAAGUCUAGUGAGAGCUCAGACUCAGAGUGACAGUUGAUGGUGGCAUCCUCAGCACCACCCACAGGCCUAAGGACAGAGCCGCCGAGGCAAGAGAUGGGACACCUGGCAUAGCCGUGGGCUCUCACAGCCUCCUGGCGCCAAGUGACCACCCCAGAGCAGGUGGGCUCCCAGGUGCGGCUGCCUUCGGCGACUGUGUCCUCUCCCCUGAUGGUCACUUGUGUCCGUGAUUGCUUUAAUAGGCCGCUGCAGUGGGCGGUGACAAAAGACUCUGAGGAAGCGCUCUAGGGCACCGCCACGGCGUUGUCCCUCCGUGGUGUGGUAACUCAGUUCCCGUGAUAAUAAAAGUUCAUGUUUUAUUUUUAAAUGUA